AUGGAUGAAAUAGUGAUAGAAAUACUGGAAUUAGCGAAACAAUCCGGUUUAGAUGAGUUUGUACCCUAUCAAAUUUCGAUGCAAUUCAAAGCUAGAGAUGGUAAACAACAUCAUUUUUGUGGAGGUUCCAUAUUAUCGCCAAAUCGUAUUUUAACUGCGGCUCACUGUGUAAACGGACAAGAUGCAAAGCGAAUUUCUGUUCUAGCAGGCAUAAGAGAUUUAACUGAUGAAGGAGGACAGCGCUCACAAGUACUGUCCUAUGAGAUGCAUGAAAACUAUGAGGAACUCGUUACUAGCGAUAUUGCUAUCUUAACUAUAGACCCACCAUUGCAAUUGGAUGGUGAAAAGGUUGAUAAGAUAGAUGUCACUGGUAACGACAGAGUUGGCGGGGGUCAACCCGUCACUAUAACUGGUUGGGGAGCUCUUUGGUAUUUCGGUCCAGGAAUCUUCAAUAGAUUACCUACACGUAUGCAAAAACUUGAAUACAAAACAAUAACAAACGAUAAUUGCAAACUGAUUAUGUCGCAGCUGACGGAUACUGAGAUCUGUGCAUUGGAACGAGUCGGAAAAGGUGCAUGUAGAGGUGACUCUGGUGGUCCUUUAGUAAUGCAAAAUGGAGAAAGUCUUAAACAAGUCGGUGUAGUUUCUUAUGGUACUGCAAUUUGUGCUACUAACAGUCCUGAUGUGUAUACACGUGUUUCAAUGUUUGAUGAUUGGAUACAAAAACGAAUGACAUAAAUCCGAAAUAUAAUGUUAAUGAAUAAUUAAAUUUGUUAAUAUGUUAAUGUUA